AUGUCAUUUUUACUCUUUUCAGACAUCUUUUUUAUUUUCUCUCAAUCAUUUUCAAAUCUUCUCUUUCCAUUUCUCUUUUUUUCUUUUCAUUUUUCACAUCAUUUUUUUCUUUUAAAUACAUCUACCAUAUUUAAUUUAUUUGAAGCCCUUUCUAUUGCUUUUUCUUUCUUUGGAAACAAUUGCCCCAGCUCUCUUUUUGAAUACUCACUUUUAUUUGAUCUUCAUUUUCUUAUUCUCUUUUCCAUUUCUUUUUUUUUCUCACGCAUUUUACAUCAUUUUUUUUUUUUUUUUCUUUUUCUACCAUAUUUAAUUUAUUUUUCUUUUUUUUUUUCUACUCAUUUUUAUUUUCUUUCUUUCAUUUCUUAUUCUCAUUUCCAUUUCUUUCUUUUAUUUUUCACGCAUUUUACAUUCAUUUUUUUUAAUUUAAAUACAUCUCUUUCUUUAAUUUAUUUCUUUCCCUUUAUAUUUCUUUCUUUUCUUUCUUUUUUUCAAUUGCCAUUUCUCUCUUGA